AUGUCUAUACCGGCCACCGUAGUGCCCUCCCUGGAGGUCGCACGCGACGUUAUCGCUAAGGCACGAAACUCCGCAAACCCUCCAAAUCUUCUUCCAUUGACGACAUCCAUUCCGGGCGAGCUCCUGACUCCCACACUUGCUUAUCUGAGAAUUGCCGCCAACUCGAAACAAUCAUUCUUGUACGAAAGUGCCGCUACUACGGAGACAAUAGGGCGAUACAGUUUCGUUGGAGCAGACCCCAGGAAAGUUAUCAAAACAGGCCUUGGUCAUGGCCCGGAAUGCGACCCUCUGCCAAUUCUCGAACAAGAGCUUAGCCAAUUUCGCAGUGCAACGGUACCCGGCCUGAAACUGCCUCCGUUGACCGGAGGUGCUAUUGGCUACGUAGGAUACGACUGUAUCCGAUACUUCGAACCGACAACAGCACGGCCGCUGAAGGAUGUGCUCGGUGUCCCGGAGUCUCUAUUCAUGCUUUUCGACACCAUAGUCGCCAUUGACCACUUUUUCCAGGUCGUUAAAAUCAUAACAUAUAUCCCUAUCCCCGAGAACGAUUCGGAUCUGGAGGCGGAAUAUCGCAAAGGCCAGCGAAUUUUGCAGGAGAAGAUCGACAUCCUUUCACAGCCAAACAUUCCUCUCCCUCUGCAGAAACCCAUUAUCCCCAACCAGGAAUACACAUCAAACAUUGGGCAGGCAGGCUACGAGAGCCAUGUGACGAAACUUAAGGAGCACAUCAACGUUGGCGACAUAUUCCAAGCUGUCCCUUCACAGAGAUUAGCCCGCCCAACCUCGCUCCACCCUUUCAACCUCUUCCGACACCUUCGCUCAGUCAAUCCGUCUCCGUAUCUAUUCUAUAUUGACUGCACCGACUUCCAACUUGUAGGUGCCAGCCCCGAGCUUCUGGUCAGGGAGGAAAAAGGCCGCAUCAUCACCCAUCCAAUUGCUGGAACUGUCAAAAGAGGCCAAACCACCGAGGAAGAUGAAGCGCUUGCUGCUGAGCUGCGAGGAAGUUUGAAAGACCGUGCCGAGCACGUGAUGCUCGUGGAUCUAGCUCGAAACGACGUCAACCGAGUAUGCGACCCCAUGACCACUCAGGUUGAUCGGCUUAUGGUCGUCGAGAAAUUCUCGCAUGUCCAGCACCUUGUGUCUCAAGUAUCCGGUGUACUUCGACCGGGCAAGACCCGAUUCGAUGCUUUCCGUUCCAUCUUCCCUGCAGGAACUGUCUCUGGAGCCCCCAAAGUGCGCGCCAUGCAGCUGAUCAGUGAACUGGAAGGCGAGAAACGUGGAGUCUAUGCAGGAGCAGUCGGAUAUUUUGGCUACGAUAGGGUCAGUGCCGAUGGAUCAUGUACGAUCGCUGGUGAUAUGGACACCUGUAUUGCACUGCGAACGAUGCUUGUCAAGGACGGCGUGGCAUAUUUACAAGCGGGCGGAGGUAUAGUCUUUGACUCCGAUGAAUACGAUGAGUACGUGGAGACUUUGAAUAAGUUGGGUGCAAACAUUGCUUGCAUCAAAGGAGCUGAAGAGAAGUAUCUUCAAUUAGAGAGGGCGGUUGCAGCAGCGGCCAAAGAUAGUAUAUAA